GAGAAGACCAGAGCUAAAGAAUCACAUGGCAACCUAGAUGAGAGAAAAUGGAGCAAGUAGCAGGGGACAUUGAGAGGACAGCAGAUCGAACAUAAGAUGGUAACAGGGGCAGUGGAGAGCUGGGUAACAGGAAGGCCAGGGAGGAAGGAAGGCUCACAUGAAGCAAUCGCCUCUUCCGGCUGUGGAGUAGGGUCCAACAAACCUCAGGUCAAGCAAGAAACAAAUCAAAGUUUGACUGACCACAUACCCACCCUGGACACCAUGGAGUCCUUCAGCUCAAAGAGUCUGGCUCUCCAGGCCGAGAAGAAGCUACUGAGUAAGAUGGCUGGCCGCUCUGUGGCCCAUCUCUUCAUCGACGAGACCAGCAGUGAGGUGCUGGAUGAGCUCUACCGUGUGUCCAAGGAGUACACGCAAAGCCGGCCCAAGGCCCAGCGGGUUAUCAAGGACUUGAUCAAGGUGGCUGUCAAGGUGGCCGUGCUGCACCGCAGCGGCUGCUUUGGGCCGGGGGAGCUGGCUCUAGCCACACAGUUUCGCCAGAAGCUCCGGCAGGGUGCCAUGACGGCACUGAGCUUCGGUGAGGUGGACUUCACCUUCGAGGCUGCAGUGCUGGCCGGCCUGCUCACCCAGUGCCGGGACACGCUGCUGGAGCUGGUGGAGAACCACCUCACGCCCAAGUCCCAUGACCGCAUCCGACACGUGUUCGAUCACUACUCGGACCCCGACCUGCUCUCCGCUCUCUACGGGCCUGACUUCACUCAGCACCUCGGCAAGAUCUGUGAUGGGCUCAGGAAGCUGCUGGAUGAAGGAAAGCUCUGAGCAGGGAACCUAGUACUCGACCUUGGCUCAACAGUUGACUGGGAAAAAGAAAGAUAAUGGGCUUUCUAACCCGCUCAUCUGUACUAAUGCUUUUCAACCCGGGCUUCAUUCUCUCCUGGUGCUUUUGACAGAGGCCACCCCCACCCCAAACUGCUGGUGGAGCGAUGCGGAGCUGAGUGAGGCCUCUUCCAUCCUGCGCCAGCACAGGAAACAGCUGACUGAAAAGGUGAAGUGAAACUUGGAUCUGUUUCUCCCAGGGAACCGCCUGAACCAGGGAAGCCUCCACUGACCAGGGGAGGGCCGCAGCCCAUGCACUCCCCCUGGAGACACUAACGAUCAGAAGGGGGUAAGGCGCUCCUUAGAGACCUGCCGGGUCUCCUAGAGCUGGGGACAGAGCUUGGACACCUCCUGGAGUUGCCAGAAGGAGCUGGGGCAGGGGAGAUUCCCAGGGGAAAUAAAAGUACUAAAACACGCACA